CAGUUGAGCUGCAUGGGGUAGGAGUAUCCCUGUCACCGUGACCGCCGCCUGGUGGAUCUCAAAGCUCCAAAGAGAACCCCGCCAUUCAAAGACAACAUAGCCAGUUUCGACUUCUUGCAAGCCUCAUUCACAAACCUGUCGUUUCCAGAGAAAGCAAUCAUAGUCUUCACUCCAACAAAGACAAGAAAAAUGUCUCAGGAUUCGAAAAUCGCAUUGAAGGCGACGUACGCCUCAGCCGUCAGCACCCCUUUCACCGUCUCGAAGCCUCUACCGACCCCAUCAUCAUCCGCAACCGCCGACAAGACGCAGUAUCUACAAUCUCUGCGCGAAGCCCUCGCGUCUACCCAAGCCGAGAUCAAUACCGAGCUCACAAAGCGAAUGGAGGAAGACAAUGGGCGCGCAGGAGGAAAGAGUGCCGCUGAAGUCAAAGAAGAGGAGAAUUAUGGCGAAGAAGUCGUUGAGGAAGAGGACUGAAAGAUGAAAGAAAAAAAGCCAAAAAACCAAGUGCUCGAUGCGUAUAUACGGGGUAUUUGCUCCUGCUGAAGACACCUUCCAUCCGAAU